AUGAAGACUAGAUUGUCUCCCAUGAUUAACAGAGUCACCCACUCCUCCACCUUGACGCAGGGCAUUGCCCUCAAUGACCACUUUGCCUAUCUACCUCUUAACCUCCAUGGCUGGCAAGGGACUGCUGACCACCCAGGGGCUGCUGCAGUCCUCCAGGAUGGCCUCUUCCAGUUGAGGGUUGCAGACAGAACUAGCUUCAAAGAUGCCCUGUAUCUACUCGCGUGGUGUGACAGUCAAGUAAAUCGGCAGCCCAGAGGCAAGUUUAAAGAGGAGAUAUUUGUAACUGCAGAGGAAGGCAUACCCUUGACAGAGAAAGCUCCUGAAGAAGCUGAAGGGAUGAGAUUGAGCCCAGACAUAGUAGGUUUCAGCAAAAAGCGCGGUCUUACCGAGCGCGCAGAGAGAGACUUCAACUGCACACAGAGCCUCCACAGCAGCGGCGGCGCCAGCGCAGCGAAACGCAACGCAGCGCUUCCAGCCAGCGCCGCAGCCGCACUUGCGCAGUCAGCUACUUCGCGGGCUGCUCAGCCCCGCCCCUCAGAGAUGCGAAGUUCCCAGAAAGGCGCCAGGCAGAGAAACGCUCACUGCCGCUGGGCUUCGCAUUUGUUGGAAGGCUGGGGUCGUGGACCCCCGCAAGGUGUCAGCAGCACGGAGGUGCAGGGCGUCGUCGAGGGUGCGGGGCCGGGCGCCGCCGGUGGCGCGCUCCGCCCCGGGGCCCCCGCCACUGCUCUGGGCCAGGCCCUGGCUCCAGCCUCCGUCCCGGCCCCGGCCUCGCAGUUCACCCUGCUGGUGAUGCACCCCUGCGGAGGGCAGGACGAGUCUGCGGCGGAGGGCGUCCUCAGGCAGCCUCCGGCCCUGGGGGACGGCGCCGGGACGGGCAAGUCCAUUAGGUAUCUGUGCGAAGUGGCGGGGGCUGGCGAGGAGGAGGCAGGGGAGGACGAAGCCGACCUGCUGGACACUUCAGACGCCCCGGGGGGAGGCGAGAGCACGGCUAGUUUGGAGGAUCUGGAGGACGAGGAGACACACUCAGGGGGCGAGGGCGGCAGCGGGGGAGCCCGGAGACGGGGUGGCGGCGGGGGCAGCAUGAGCAAGACCUGCACCUUCGAGGGCUGCAGCGAGACCACGAGCCAGGUGGCCAAGCAGCGCAAGCCUUGGAUGUGCAAAAAACACCGCAACAAGAUGUACAAGGACAAGUACAAAAAGAAGAAAAGUGAUCAGGCCCUGAACUGCAGUGGGGCCGCCCAGCCUGGCAGCGCGGGAAACGUCAGACUGGAGGAAAGUACAGAUAACAUACUCUCCAUUGUUAAACAAAGAACAGGAACCUUUGGGGAUCGUCCUGCAAGACCUACUCUUUUAGAACAAGUGUUAAAUCAGAAAAGACUGUCAUUACUAAGAAGUCCAGAAGUGGUGCAAUUUUUACAGAAACAGCAACAACUAUUAAAUCAGCAAGUUUUGGAGCAAAGACAGCAGCAGUUUCCAGGAACAUCAGUGUGA